ACCUGCAUCGCUUCUUUAAUUCAACGUGGAAGAAGAAGAAAGGCAAAACAACAUGGCAGCUACCACAGAACACGUUGAAGUAGCGACAGAAAGUUCAGAAACUGAACAAAAAGAAGCUCCAGAAACUACCCAAGACCCCGAAACGUCUGAUUCUGAGCCGGCCGGCUCAGAGCCAGAUCCGGACCCUGAUGAGGACGAAGACGAGGAUGCGGGCGAGCCGCAAGGACCGAGAAUCCGAGAUACCCCCAUGGACCUCCGGCUGGAAGCGAUCGCCAACACGGUUGCUCUGCACCCGACCAGGGACGUGCUGGCCUGCGGGGACGUGGACGGGGACGUGUACGCUUUCUCGUACUCGUGCACGGAGGGCGAGAACCGGGAGCUGUGGUCCUCCGGGCACCACCUGAAGUCCUGCCGCCAGGUGCGCUUCACGGCGGACGGAGAGAAGCUGUACAGCGUGUCCCGGGACAAGGCCGUGCACCAGCUGGACGUGGAGCGGGGGCAGCUGGUAACACGGAUCCGGGGGGCCCACGGGGCUCCAAUCAACAGCUUGCUGCUUGUAGACGAGAACGUCGUGGCGACCGGAGACGAUGGAGGCACCUUAAAGGUGUGGGAUAUGAGGAAGGGGACUGCCAUCAUGGACCUGAAACACCACGAGGAUUACAUCAGUGACAUCACUGUGGACCAAGCCAAGAGGAUCCUGCUCACAGCCAGUGGCGAUGGCACCAUGGGCGUCUUCAACAUCAAAAGGCGGCGGUUUGAGCUGCUGUCUGAAUACCAGAGCGGCGAUCUUACCUCGGUGGCGCUGAUGAAACGGGGCAAGAAGGUGGUUUGCGGCUCCAGCGAGGGGACCAUCUACAUCUUCAACUGGAACGGCUUUGGAGCCACCAGUGACCGCUUCGCUCUCAAGGCUGAGUCCAUAGACCAAAUCCUCCCAAUCACUGACAGCAUCAUGUGCACCGCCUCCACAGACGGAUACAUCAGAGCCGUCAACCUUCUUCCCAACCGGGUCAUCGGCUGCAUCGGGCAGCAUGUUGGUGAACCCAUUGAAGAGCUCACUAAGUCUUGGGACUCGCGUUUCCUGGUCAGCUGUGCCCACGACCAGCUCAUAAAGUUCUGGGAUAUUUCCAGUUUACCCAACACGACUGUCAACGAGUACCGCAAGAGGAAGAAGAAAAAUGGUCGGAUGAAGUCUCUCACCAAGAAGGCCCAUGGUGACAAUGACUUCUUCUCAGGACUUGUUGAGGAAACUGAGAAGAAGGAGGGAGAGGAACAGGAGGAAGAGGAGGAUGACAGUGACAGCGACAGCGAUUGAAAAUGGAAGUCAUUAUGCCUCUUCGGAUAGAUUAGUCCUAAAGAAUGGGUGUUUCUGCUGUUUGGGCCAGGCUUUUGCUUUUGAUGGAUCCCAGUAUUGUUAGACUCUGACCAAGAAACAAACAGCCACUGAGGACUUUACAUGGAUUUAUUUUCUCUUGAAAUGUGCUGGGAUUAAAUGUCUCAGAGGGGAAAAUGCUCUUUAAUAUUAAUACUGUAAAUCAGUACUGGCUCUGUAGUGGUCUGUUCUGCAUGUUGAAACUCAGUGCUUCCAUGAUACAGUCCAUCAAAUGUUAAUUUAAUUAGUGGGAAGUUUUGGAGAUGCCUGUUGUCAGCCAUAUUAAAAUAACUGAUAAGAACUUUAAUAUUAGAUGUUGUGGUAUCAGUAGUUGGGUGAUGGAUCGAUGAACAAUUCCCAAACCUGAGUAACGCUAAGAUCCAAAAACAGUCUUUGCUGUCACAUUUAUAGGCCUUGUAAAUUUGCUGAAACUGUAGUUGUAUUAAACUCAUUUCUCUCAAUAAAAGCAUUGUUUAUAUUGUAUGGAUUUCUCAUUUGAACUAAUAAAA